AUGAGUGAUCGGAGUUUGUGAAGAGUGACGGUCUUGUUCAGUUCUUAUCGUGAGAUCUGUUGUCCUUCUCUUGUACGCGCAGAGCCGUUGGAUCGAGUCCUUAAGUCUUUCUCUUAUCGAGAACCUUCGCUCCAAUGUCAUCCUCAUCGUCUAACGUGGUGGGAGUCCACUACAGAGUGGGAAAGAAGAUUGGAGAGGGAUCGUUUGGUGUUAUUUUCGAGGGCACCAAUCUCCUGAACAAUCAGCAGGUCGCUAUCAAGUUUGAACCGCGCAAGAGCGAUGCACCGCAACUUCGCGAUGAAUACCGGACAUACAAGAUCUUGGUCGGAUGCCCUGGCAUCCCCAAUGUCUACUACUUUGGCCAGGAGGGUUUACAUAACAUUCUGGUCAUUGACCUUCUCGGACCCAGUCUCGAAGACCUCUUCGACCAUUGCAACCGCCGAUUCUCUGUCAAGACCGUUGUGAUGGUGGCUAAGCAGAUGCUUUCCCGAGUCCAAACAAUCCAUGAGAAAAACUUGAUUUACCGAGAUAUCAAACCCGACAACUUCCUUAUCGGUCGCCCAACCACCAAGGCCGCAAAUGUGAUCCACGUCGUCGACUUUGGAAUGGCCAAGCAGUACCGAGACCCCAAGACCAAGCAGCACAUCCCUUACCGUGAACGCAAAUCGCUGUCUGGUACAGCACGCUACAUGAGCAUUAAUACCCACCUGGGACGGGAACAAUCGCGACGAGACGAUUUGGAAGCUCUUGGGCACGUGUUCUUGUACUUCCUAAGAGGCGGCCUCCCGUGGCAGGGACUCAAGGCGGCCACCAACAAGCAAAAGUACGAAAAAAUCGGCGAGAAGAAGCAGACGACUGCGAUCAAAGACCUCUGUGAGGGGUAUCCUGGUCUAGAAGAAUUCAACAAGUACUUGACUUAUGUUCGAAAUCUUGGUUUCGAAGACACUCCGGACUACGACUACCUGAGGGAUCUGUUGACGCAGGCCCUCAAGAACGCAGGGGAAGUCGAAGAUGGAGAAUAUGACUGGAUGAAGCUGAACAACGGAAGAGGUUGGGAGUACAAGUCAUACUCGUCCCAACAACAUCUGCACAACAAUGGGCUCCCCAAUUCAUCUGCCCGCGACCUUCACGGGCAGCAGCUCCGCAACAGCCCGAGGCCUGGUGUGACCGCAGACCGUUUAAACGCCGCGCAGCCCCCGCCCCCAUCUCCAGCGAAACCCGGAGUUGGGAAGACGCGCGAGCGGCCAAGCGCCUCCGGAGGAAUGCCACCGAAACGCCAGAGCGGGGGCCUGGACACAGCAACACCAACAGCGUCAACUCAGGCGCAGUUCCAGAACUCGAACGGGAAUCUGCCAGGCCGCAUGGGAAGCCCCUCGAACCCAGCAAUGAACAGUCAACAGGUUCCAGGCGCUCAGGGGAACAAUGACCCGCAGCCAACUUUCGUCCAGAAACUGAUGAAGGCGCUAUGCUGCGGUAGGUGACCUUGUUAAAUGCCUAAAGAAUGCCUGUCCCUUUGCUGAUUUCCGGGCUUUCAGGUUGAUACGACUUCGCACACUGUAAUUCUACAUAUAUUUUGUGGCCAUGUUACAUUCAGCU